AUGGCCACCAAGACCUUGAACUUCUACUCCUAUGGUCUCCAAAAGGAUACUACUGUCAUGCUCAUGUUCGAGCCCCCCAACUCGCACAAGUUGUUCAAGGACCAAUUCCCCGUCGUCUGGAAGGUCAUCACUUUCCGCGCCAAGGGACACGCCAAAGCUUCCAUCCAAUACGGCGCUCGCCUCGCUUUCGGUUAUGCCCAAACCGACCAGGACAACCUUGUCGACUCUGCCGCCUGGGUUGAAGUUCAGAGCGGCGAUAUUAGCAGCAUCAGCGGUGGUGCUGGCCAAAAGCGAUUCGGCGAGAACAGCAAGGGUAGCGGCACCAAGCUUCUUGUAUGCAAGAACAACACCGAUGGCCGUGCCAACUUGAGCAUUGGCUUCGUCAAGGGUGAUAGCAUCCACCAGCGAUAUGAGCCCACCUUGGUCUGGACUGGCGUUGGCUCCAAAUCCAACGUCACGGCCCAGUUCACUCCCAACUUGACUGCCUAUGUCACUCGUGAUUACAAGGCUACUGAGAUGCUCCGAGGUGAAGUCGAAACCGACGCCAUCUGGACCUGCAACCUCAACGAACUCGACGAUGUCACUGGCUGGAACUUUGUUGAAGACGAUGCUACCGGUGCUUUCACCAUCGAAAAAUCUCUCCAUGUCUAA